UGCACGGGGGGCAGGCUGCUGCUUUAAAAGCUGUAGCCUGCCGACGGUCAUCAGUGCAGGGCUGGGAUUAGACCUCUGCGACUGCACGCCUCUGCCUCCGUCUCACUCUCCUCCUCCCUCUCUUUCUCCUUUACUCUCUCUCUCUCUCUCUCACUCGCUUGCUUUCUCUCUCUCCCUUGCUUUCUCUCUCUCCCUUGCUCUCUCUCUCUCUCGCUCUCUCCCUCUCUCUCUCUCUCCCUCACUCACUUGCUUACUGUCUCUCCCUCUCUCGCUCUGUCUCUCCUUUGCUCACUUUCUCUCUCUCUCUCUCUCUCUCUCUCUCUCUCUCUCUCCUCCCUGUCCUUGGGUGAGCUCCCUGGCAGUGCUCGUCUGCCGCUGUGGGAUCGGCGAGCCGGGUUUUAGCCCAGCGGAUACGCCCGAGCGCGCUCCGUCUCCGGGAUACCGAGCGGCGGCGGGGGGGGAGAGCCAUGCCGUCCUGCCGCGCGGUCUGAGCGCCGCCGCGGCGCAGCCCAGCCGUGAGAGUCCACCGCACGAUGUCUGUCUCACAGCCAGACGAGACUGAGCAUGUGUUUGAUCUGAACGAAGCCAUUCCUGAGACUGAACUACUGGACAGCAGUCUUCAAAAGGCCCGGGCGCAGCUGUCCGUCAAAGCGAGAAGGCACCGCCCAUCUCGCUCGCGGCUCCGCGACAGCGUCAGCUCCACAGAGGGAGAGGAGAGUCUGGAAAGAAAGUCACUAGACAGCUAUGGCAGCCCUCUGCACAGCGCCCGCUCUCCCCUCCACUCGACCCUGCGGGGAUCCUCGCCCUCCCCGGACUCUCUGCUCUCCUCCUCGCCCGUGCCGAGGGGCCCCGCCUUCGCCUUCGACGCCGCCCUGGUGCGCCGCGCCCCGGGGGAGGGCGAGGCGGCGUCGCCCGCGCCCAAAGGACGCUACAAACAGCUCACCAACACCUCGUCCCAGGAGGCCCUGUGCUCCAGCCCGACCAGCUCCCCGUCGAAGUCCUGCCCGAGCUCCGACGGCUCGCCGCUCUACGCCCGCCAGGAGCGCCGCCCCGAGGGCGAAGGUCAGGACGACGCCCAUGACAGAAGCCUGGUAGAGCCAGACAGCCCAACGGUCAUCCUGGAUAAGAAGACUAAGAGGAGAUUCCUUGAUCUGGGGGUCACCCUACGACGCUCUUAUGGAAAAGUCCGGAAGGAGAAGUCCAACAGGCUAUCAGUGGGAAACCGGGAGCCCUCGGAGAGCCCGUCCCGGUCCUCGGGGCCCCCCUUCGUGCCUUUCUCCUGGUUCAGCGACAGCGCCCGGGGCUCCGCCUCCUCCUGCAGCACCGCUUCCUUCUCCCCGAAGGGGGCCUCCCAGAGCCACAGCCCCCGCAAGUCCAGCUCCCAGGACUCCACUCUCAGUGAUGAGGUCUGCCCCCGGAGCCCUCGCGUGUCCAGCGGGUCAGUGGAAGAGUCCCGGUCCUCGCACCCGUACAAGACCCUGUCCCAGUCUUCAGACGAACUCCUGGACGAGCCCCUGUGCUUGGUGUCGACCUGGAGCACGCAGCAGGUGUGCCAGUGGCUGAAGGGCUUGAAUAUGGAGCAGUACAUCCCAGAAUUCACUGCCAGAGACAUCGACGGGGAGCAGCUGCUGCAGAUGGACGGGAGUAAGCUGAAGGGCCUGGGUGUGAGCAACUCAUCAGACCGCAGCGCUCUGAAACGCCGCCUGAAGGACAUGCACGCCGCCGCCGAGAAGGAGCGCAAGGCCCAGGAGAAGCUGGAGAAACAGAAGGAGAAGCAGCGCAAGAAAGAGCAGGAGCAGCGCAAGAGCUAGAAAGGCCACUAGAGGGCUACACACACACACACACACACAUACAUACAUAUAUACAUACAUACAUACAUGCACACACACACACACACACACACACACACGCACACGUACACACAAACGCAAAGCUAUUUAGUGGUAUGAACUCCAAACUACACAGCUCUUAAAAUAUUGCAGGAAUAUUUCUAUUGAUUAUUCAUUACAUUUAAAUAUAUUUGUCCAUCUUAGGGUAUACUUUUUAUAGACCCCUAAAAUACAGCAGAAGGAGCUUUAAUGUAGCGCAUUAAGGUUUGACCUUGCCCAGAGGUAGGAAUACGCACUCUUUAUUGGAAGGAAAAGUGGUGACGCAGGCUGAAUCUGGAUGAACUGUGACUUAUACUACUGUAUGCUGUAUUUUCUGUAUGCCUUCCUGUCCCAGCUGCCUUGGCUGAGUUUGGUCGCAGAUUUAAAGGCUUUACGAUAGUCUGACACUAAACAAAAACUCUAAAGAUUUCUGCCCUAGGCCUAAGCAUAUCUCACAAACAUGUCACACAACUAUAGACAAAAGAAUCCAUCUCUUCCUCUCUUGGGAUCCAUCUAUUUUUUUUUUCUUCUUUAUUUCUGUACCACGAACAGAGGAAAAAUAAAACUCAGUAGAAUUCUUUGCUAUUAUUAUUAUUUUUUUGUUACUUUCUUUAAUUACCACUAAUUUCAAAAUAUAAUAAUAGUAUACCAUAUUAUAGAAAGCCACUCUCUGCCAGAGUGUCAAGUUAGCUGUUAACGGCCUUUGUAAAUCUGGAGAUUACCUUUUGCCUUUUUACCUUAAAAGAUGUCCUCCUUGGCUUGAGGUUGUUGUUAAGCAACCAACAUGGUGACCUUAGCUCUUCUGUAAAUUCCUUCCGUGAGACUGGCCCAAAUAUUCAGAUUCAAUAUCUAGAUGACAGAAGAAGUCGUUGAAUGUUGGUAAAACAUGAAUACUUGACUUACUGUGAACUGGGUAUCCCCCUCCAAUUAAUGAAAGUUUACAAGGCAGUCAUGAAGUGAAUGUGUCAAAACAUAAAAUCCAGCAUAUAAGGAAUAUAUUUGAAUAUAUCUCAGAAUAUAUCAAGCUGUAGAUUCCAUUUCACAUGAAAUUACGCUUUUUAUGGUAAGGACUGUAUUGCAAAAUUCUUCCAAGCUUGUGAAAUAGAUUCUACAAUUUAUGCAUGGAAUUGUGUGGUUGAAUUUGAAAUUAUCUUUUAUAUAUUUUGAAAUAUUUUUAAAAAUAUUCCUCAUAUUUCGGAUUUAAUACUUUGCCAUGUACUGUUACUAUCGAGGUCACACAUAUAUGAGCUGUACUGUAUAAGAGAUGACACUUUUUAAUUGAAGAAUGUUCCUAAAUGUAUUUGUUUAUGAAGAACAUAGUGUGAUUGUUUUUCUUGGCUGUUGUCAAUGUUGUUGUGUUUCAAGUUGAAGUACUGUAUAGUGCAAAGAAUGCAUGUUGGUCUCCAACAGAAUGAAACGUUGGAAAGAAUUUUCUCUUUUUCUCUCCCAAUUCCCAACAUGUAGCAGUGACAGAAAUGUGUAAGAAAGAUGCAUUGCUGUUUUGAAUUGAUUUACUUGUUUAAUUAUCAAUUUGUAUUGCUGUCAUUAUAUUACAGUCCUAUAAUUUAUUUUUCCUUUGGGCAAAUUCAUAACAUGACAUGACAUACAAAUGACAAAAGUGUUAUGAGAAUGUCAAUUGAUCAUAUUAAAGUUUAAUAGGCCUUACAGGGCCUCAAUGCUGCAAGUCUCUGAUUAAACAGGAAUUUUUAAUGUUAUUAAAACAACAAUAAUAAAUGUAAACCACAACUAAAGAUACAUUUGCCCAUGGCUUUGUUUAAUGCACAGCUCCCAUUGUACACUAUUUUAAACCAUCUUCUUUUCUGCAGGAUUGUCUUUGUGCACUUGUAUGAACAAAGACCAAUUUAACUUUGCCAAGUUUUGUGUCGUGAAUUAAUUUCUCCUGCCUUUGUUUAAUUUGUACAAUAUGUGAAUGCUCAUUAAAACUCUGACAAAAUA